GUAAACAAAAAGCAACGUCAUUUAUAUACCAGUUUUCCAUCAAUUUCCCUGCGUCAUUUAUACAGGUUACAUCAGGUUUUGAGUCAUUCUCAUACGGAAACUUCUUGAAUAUUGUAGAAUUUCUUUCAUCAGCCGAGGUUUUCAACUUGGUGUCUUUGAAGAUUUGUAGAGAAUAUAUUGCAGCAGAUUUGUAAGGUAAAUCUAGAAAGAUGGUGAAUGUUAUUAAAGUGUAUUUGCAGCGUCCUGAUUCUAAAAAAACGGAAAUUAGGAGACUAGCUGUGAGUAGCGAUAUAAUAGGCCGAUUUGAGUUACUGUGUGUGAAGGUGAUUGAAUUGUUUCCUCUUUUGUGUGGCAAGGCAUUCGAAAUAAGUUGGGAAGAUUCAGAAGGAGAUCUUAUACUAAUGUCGAGUGACGCAGAGCUGGCUCAGGCUUUGGCUAAUGCUAAUGAUGGUCUCAUCAAGAUUUAUGUUUCUCUAAGUGAUGAGAAACAAAGUGAUGACACUGAUAAGGGUCCGGUGGGGGCCUCUGUGCAUCCUGGUGUUGUCUGUGAUGAAUGCAAUUUGCAAAUUAAAGGACACCGCUAUAAAUGCCUGCAGUGCAAAGACUAUGAUCUUUGCUCUACUUGCAAUGCUGCUAGCAAGCAUUCCCAUCACGACAUGCUAAAAUUAGUGGAACCCAUUUAUGUUACUCGUAAAUGGAUUGGUGAUCUCUAUGCUCGCAGAAUGUGGAGAGCUUUGUUUGGGCGUAUGCACCUCGGCGGUGCACACUUCGCAUGCUCUCCGGAAGCCGAAGAAAAGCCUAGCUGCUCUUCCAAGCCAAGUCCUUCUGAUGAAUCACCCACCAAAAAGAAGUGGCAAGAGGCAUUCUCAGAGGCAUGCAAGAACUUUGUUCCAGCUGAAUAUCUUUUACCUGAUGCUGUUGGAAAUUUAUUGAAAAUGGGAGGUGUGGAAGUGAAAAUUGGCGGAUGUCCUUUUGCUCCCUUUGGUGGCCCUUUCACUCACAAUGUCCCACAAACUGAAGAAGCUUCCAAGCCAUCAGAGCAGGGCUCAAGUAAGGGAAAUAACGAAGAGGCAAAGAGCCCUGAUGUUGAAUCCUCCACUGCAGCAGCUAGCAAACCUCAGACUGAAGAAAAGGUUGAAGCUCCCGUGAACCAGGCGGCUUCAAGCUCUGUGAACGAAGCAGCAAGUCUUGAUGCCACAGCAAAAGCAGUUCCUGAGGAGAAGCCUGAAGAGAAAGAGCAAUCUCUUGUUGGAAAUGAAGGGGAUAUUUUAUCAAACACUGCUGAUGGGUGGACUUUGCUCAACAAGGAUGAUGCAAGUAAGAAAACACCAGAACGUGAGUCAAGCCCCCCUGUGGAGAAAAUUCAGGAAGCUAAAGCUGAAAGACAGGAUGAAAACCACUCCGAUGAUCCAAAGAUUGCCAAUGCAUUAUUGAAAAUGCAUGCCAUGGGUUUCACCAAUGAGGGUGGCUGGCUGGAAAGACUUCUCAUCACAAAGCAGGGAAACAUCAAUGAGGCUCUGGAUGCUUUAUAUCCCAACACUCAGCGCCACUAAGAAUACAGACUGUUUGGUGGAGGUGUUGUAAUAAAUGUAUAUCAAAAUUUGUGUAGAAUUAUGUAUCUUAACCUGAAAUUUAUUCAUAGUUGUUCGCUUUGUGCACUGUUUCGUUGAAUUACUUUCGAUAUGAAUUUCUGAUAUAUUGUGUUUUUUAAAAUUUACUUCUAAUAUAUAUAUAUAUUGAUUGCUUUGAUCAAUGUGUAGUCUUUCAUGUAUUUCAAAUAAAAUUUCUGUAAAUUGUC